GGCGGAGGCCCGAGAGGAGUAGAAGGAGGAGGCUGCGGUGGUGGUCGCGGGUGAAGGAGGGGGACGGGAGCGGCUACGAUCGCCGCUCGGCUCUUUCCGGCUUUGCUCGGCUCCGCUCGACCCUCCCCGGCUGCUUUCGGGCGGCUCAGCCCUCCGCCUUCCCAUGUCGGACGUGCUGGCCGCCGCCGCCGCCGUGGGCACCCGCUUCGAACCCUCCGCGGCCAACGGCUUGGGAGAAGGAGGCGGCGGCGGCGACGACGACAGUUGCCCCGCUGGCGGGGCUGGAGACGACGAGAAGAAGCCGCGCCUCACGCCUCCGCUGCCGCCUUCCUCAGAGAAUGAAGAUUCAGAUCAAAGACCAGAAUCUACUUUCCAGGCAGCUGCCACAUCUGAAAAUGAUGCCUUGCAGUGCAGGCUGCAGAGUGGGUCACCUGUGAAUGCAGAGGCUACAAAGGAUUGUGGAAGUGUUGAUGGCAGUCUGAAAGAGCAAGAUGUAGAAAGAAAGGAAGAGAUCCUAACUGAUCAACAUCAGCACCCAAAAGAGGAGGCUGUAGUGCGGAUGACAAAGUACCCUGCCCCACAAGGACCAGGUGAUAUAGUCAUGAUACAGUCUGAAUACACAGGAGCAGUAGAUGUCCUUACAGCAGAGCUGGAAACUACAGAUUUACUGGGUGAGCAGAAGAAAGCUCGUCCUCCACCACUGAUUCCACCCACUACUUGGACAAGUGCCAAGAUAAGGGAGUUCAAAACAAAGAUGACAAAGGAGAAGAAUGCCCGAAUGGUAGUGAAACGGGGUGAGGUGUUAACAGUCCGGGUGCCAACUCACCCUGAUGGGAAGCGUGUCUGCUGGGAGUUUGCCACAGAAGAUUAUGACAUUGGCUUUGGGGUCUAUUUUGAUUGGACUUCUGUUACUAGCACUGAAAUUACUGUUCAAGUUAGUGAAUCAAGUGAUGAAGAAGAUGAAGAAGAGGAGUUUGAAGGACCUAUUCCAGUUGGUGAUGUGGAAAGAGGCUCCAGAAGCUAUUUGCGAAACCGUUAUGGGGAGAUCAUGCCUGUCUACCGAAGGGAUAGCCACCAGGAAGUGCAAGUAGGCAGCCACGAUUAUCCAGGCGAGGGCAUCUACUUGCUCAAAUUUGACAAUUCUUACUCACUCCUACGCAACAAGAUUCUCUUCUUCCAUGUCUAUUAUACCAGUUAGAGCAGUUAAUGAGAUUUGGAGUGGGUGGGCCAUAAGACACCAAAGCAAGCUGCCUGUCAUGACUAGUAUCUCCUAACAGGCACACACUUGAUGGCUGAAUCUCUAUGCUUAUGUAUGGAAGACUUCCUUCAACCCUUCCUCACUUUUAAAGUGAUGCAUGUGAUUAUUGGCAGCUCGUUUGUUUUAUCCAGACACCAAUCUGAGAGCUUAGUUAUAGAAAGCAAAUCACUGGACCAGGUUCAGGUGUCUGCUUUUACUUUCUAUUGCACUUACAUGAACUGAAGUUGAAAUAUGCCUUUUCUUUUGGGGUAUUCUCACCUACUCCGCUAUCUGCAAAUAGUCACUGGGAUCAGCUGCCAAAGCAGCCUGUAGAAACUGCAUUGUUACUAUGCUGCGGUGCACUGCCAAUUGCUUGGUGUCUGGGAAGCUUCUGAAAUGGCACGUAUGUAUGCCAUGCAGGCCAUUGCCAGCCUGUCUUCUCUCUUCUAGUUCCGUACAAAUGUAGCUAGUUCAUUGUAGGGCAAAAUUGGUGUGUAUUUUCUGGUAUAGAUACCUGGAUUUCACAGCUUGUCUGAAAGAAUUUUAAGUUACAUGUAUUUUCUCCCAGAAAGGGUACAGAAUGGAAGAAGGAAGCAUAAACCAAAUAAUUCUAGUCAAGCAAUUCAAACAAAGAUUCUUCCUCCUCCAGACCUUUUGGGGCUAAUGUUAUUUUCAUUGGUUGACUUUUUGCCUGAAUUCAAUGUAGCUUAAGACAGGAGUGUCAAACCCAAAAUGGGCUGGUGUGUCAAUUUAUUCAACAAGUGGAUACAUUAAAAAAAGUCACUUUCACUGGAAGCAAAAUAUGAUAAUGUAGUUUGCAUAUGAUAAUAUAGUUAUGCUUGUGCAUAUUUGCUGUGCCGUGCCUGUGCACUGCACAAAUAAGCACUCCAAGCUACAAGAAGGCCAUUGUGCACAGUCAUAUGAGUACACAGCAUCCCUUACCAUCCCAGUGACAGAAAACUGAGCCAUGCAGUAGCAAUUAUUGGCAAGUGAGGUCCUUUAUUCUGGGCAUCAAUGUCUUAGGCCUCAAGAUAUUGUGUAGACUGUUCUAUAAUGCACAUAAGGGAUUUUCCUCAGCCUUAUUUUUGACACCUCUAGUUUAAUAUCUCAGGUGUUAGUUGGUAAGAGAGCCUCUUUCCUUGCAUUCAGGCUUCGGAGGCCAUUGCCAGUCUUUAAUACAGCAUAAGCGGCACAGAUAACUGUUGCAUUUCAGAGGAGCGGCAGUCGCAUCACCUAUCGUUCACAGCUCAGGUUUUAUAGGGUGUAUAUGUGUAGGUCACCUUUCUGCAGCAAAGGACUAAUACAUGCAUUUAUCAGGAUUUCAGAAGCAACUCUGGAGUAUGCCUUUUAAAACAGCGGCUGCUGAUGUUUAUCUCUCGUGUUUGCUUGGCUCUUUGCAUGAUUGCAGCAAACAGUUAAUAGUAUGAAGGAUACACACACACACACAUUUUUGGAGACCUUUUGAGGAAAUGCCCUUGAUCAUAUAUACAGCUAUGUUUUGCUGAUAGUUUAGUGAUAGAAGGUGCAAUGCCAAAGAAUCUAUCUUCCAAACCAACAUGAUGGUUCUCUAACUAUGCUAUAUUAAGUACUUUGCCAAGGAAGGGAAAGUUGCAAAGCAAAGAAGGUAGCAAGAGACUAUUGGUUCCAUUGAAUUUUUUUUUUAAUUUUUUUAAGUUAAAGACUUGGAGUGAAAACCUAAGUCUUUUAAUUGUUAGUAGUGAGGCCUAGCAAACAAGGGCUCCUGCUAACUUUAAAAGUGGAAGUCAGGUGUAGCUGCUCCUAGGCAUUUUGUUUUUAUUUGGGGUGAGAAUUGAGAAAUUAGUGGCUGAUUCCAGGCCAAUAACAUGAGAAGCACAGAGUUUGCAAAGCACAGGACUUGCAAGAACCAAACUUUGGGCUUAUCUUUCUGCAAAUCAGUUGGAGGGGAAGAGAAUGAGAGGCAUUCCAGUAGCAACACAAAUUGAUUAUUUGGCUUAAAGGACAGUACGUUUAUUUAUUUUUCUAUAAAUGUCCUGAACAGCAGCUGCUGUAUUUUUGAAAAGCCAGAAAAAGGAGCUCCCUUGUGUCUCACAAUUGCACAGCCCAUGGUUAGCUUUAAAGACUCUCUUCCCUCUGAAUGUUUUUAAACACUCUUGUUCAUUAUUGUUCAAAGCAUUUUCCCUGUGAAAGUUUUUACAGAACACACAGUGUCUGCUAAAUAUGUCCAAUACAAGGGCUCUUAUUUAUUUAUAGACAGUUAAAAUGAAAGGUAUUUGCCUUAUCUAGGGUUCUGCUUGAAGGGGGACUAUAAAGACAGAUUGUGUGAAUCAAGUACAGUAUGCAAGUUUGAGUUAAGUUUGUUUGUUACAGAGUUCUCUGCUUUUUGUCACAUGAGUAAUAUGAAAAUCUCUGUUCAGCGCAAUAAAUUUGUCUUUGUUCUUUA